AUGCGCUUUCGUAGUACUUCAAGAUUUCAAUCUUUUAAGCUAAAAUAAUAGUUUUCCUUCAAAUAAAAAAAAAAAUAUAAAGUAAUAUUAGUUAUAUAUAACAUAUUAAUUUUAUAGAAAAAUGGACUUAAAAGCUGUAGUUAUCUCAGGAGAGGCACCAGAAUCAGAUGAUGAUACUGCUAGUAUUACUACGGGCAUAGGAUUUCCCUCUGUACGUACACCAAAUUAUUGUGGCACAAUUAUUACUGGCGAAGCUCCUGAAUCUGAUGAAGAUGGUACAAGUUUGAGCAGUAUCAGUGGAGCAAUUGAUGCUAUGACUUGCCCACCUUAUGCAGAAGUAAAAACACUAAAAUCUAAAAAAAGCAGUGUUAAAUAUAAUAGCUUGCUUCAUAAAAAACUACGUGAAUGUAAUGAAACAUUGGAUAAAGACAUAAUUCAGAUCACAGAAGGAACAGUUGUUAAUGAUGUUCAAGAAUUAUCAGCUGUCAACAGACAGUUAUUGAGAAGCGAACUUGUCUUACAAGAGGCGGUUUGUCAAUUGCGUAAUGCAUCUAAUAAAUCUAAAAAUGCAUCUAAUGCUCUGUAUGAACUUAUAAAUACGCGUUUUUUACAUUCUAUUAAAACAUAAGUUGUUUGUUUGUUUGUAAUAUAUCCUUGUUAAUAAAAUAUAUUUAUAGUAAUACU